GGCGCGCGUUCGCGCCCAUCUCGCGCGUCCGCGAAGAUGCCCUCGCGACGCGCGUCCGCGCUCGCGCGCGCGUCGCCGAUCGCCGCGCUCGCGACGCUCGCGACGCUCGCGCGCGCCGACCAAACAAUCCAGCGCGCGCACAAACUCGACGACGAGUUCGCGUCGAGCGCGAUGCUGAGGUGCGAAUCGUGCGCCGCGGUGACGCACGCGUCGAUGGUGCACAUCGACCGACUCAAGGCGCGCAAGAUGGCGAUGAUGGGGUCGAGCGAGGUGGGCGACGGGGAAGUGGAUUGGGCGGAGGCGUGCGAGACGCGCUUCGCGGCUGGGAGCGCGCGGUACGGAUACAAGACGGUCGCGAACGAGACGCACAUCGUCGGACCGGGAAUCGAUGUGUUCGCGAGCGUGGAUGGAAAAGUGAGGGAUCGCGAAGGGGUGACGACGCAGCUGUACGCGAGGUGUAAGGCGUUGAUGUACGAGUUGAACGAUUUCAGCAUCGCGGAGACGUACGCCGAGGCGGAGGCGGCGGUGGAAAAGUCGGGCGCGAAGGGCGCGGAGAAGCCGACGGCUGUGUUCAUGAAGUUGUUAGACAAGAAUUGCGUGGAAAACGUGAAAAUGUGCGAGAGUGUCGAUUGGUUCAAGGAUGCGUUGUCAAAGUCGUUAGAGGAGUCGACGGAAGCGGCGACCGCGGCGGCGUCUGAACUGUCUAACGCGACGGUGGAUGAGAAUAACCUCGUAAACAUCACCUUGGCCAAUGAAAAGUGCAACAACGAGGAUGACGAGCGCGCUAUUUCUAUUUCUUCCGCAGCGUGUGAUGUACUCGUGAGAGAGCUUUUAAAGAAGGGUGACGAGAAUACGAGAGCCUUUCACAAUUUCACCGGCGAGGCGACAAAGUAUGAAAAGCUCCUCGAGCGCGGCGGGGAAAAAAAGCUCGACGACGACGAUGUGGACAAAGAUGGUGAUGUCCAUGAGCUGUACGCGGAUGCCAUGUUGAAUGCAUCACAGAUUAAAGCAAACAUAACUCUGGCACGCGCAGCGGGCUACUUUUCGAGCGCGUUGGACAUCGAUUCCGAAAACUACGCCGCACGACACAAUCUCGCCUACGCGUACAAGAGCGCCAAGAACUGGACCGCGGCGAAGGAUCACUUGUACAUCAUUGUCGCGAGUGAGCGUGCGAAUGAUAUGGCGAGUGAAACGCGCGCCGAAAGUUUGAAGCUUUUAUGUGAAGUCGAGUUCCACGAUAAAAACGUGACUGGCGCCCUCAGCGCGUGUCGAAAAGGUGUCGAGUUGGACCAGUACAAUUUCCACACCCUUCGGCUUUUGGCACAAAUUCACGUCGUUCGUUUCUUCGACGAGGUCGAGGCGAUUCGUGCGACUGAUGAAGACGAUGUUCAAGAAGAGAGACAGCACAAUAUCGCGCACGAGCUCGUCCAAGCGCUCGAUUUGUUCACGCGAGCCUUGGUCCUCAAUCCGGUGAAGAAUGAAAUCGCGCAACUCGGCAUGACUAUUUAUUUCUUGCAAGCGGCGCAAGACGCCGCUCUCAAGAAGCUCACCCGCGAGCAGCUUCAGGUACUCAAGAACGCUCGUCACUUUUGCUCGCGCAGCGGUACAGACGCGGACAGCGCGUGCGCAGACAUGCUCGAACUCGCGGGUCAACACAUGUUCGAAAAAGGCUUCAUCGCCAUCGGCAACGACGCCCUACAAAUGGCGCUCGUCCUCGACAAGGCGCGCACGCAGCUUUGGUCCAGCCUCGGCUACGGUUUUAUGACCAUCGGCAAAUUCAAACUCGCCAAAGUCGCCUUCGACAAAGCCAAAGAAUCCGACGAAACCUUCACCCUUUCCUCCACCGUCGAAGACCUCUUCCGGCGCGGCGUCGACUUUGAGACCAAGCUCGACGAAGACCGCGCCACGGCGUCCGCGUCCUGGACCGAGAACCGCCGUCCGAACAAAGACGAGCGCGCCGAGCUCGCCAAGGAAGUCACCGCCAAGCUCGGCGCCGUUCGCGGCGUCGCCAAGCACGACGAAUUGUAA